CGCUUGCAGUCGGGCUACGGAGGCCGGGUUGCCAGAUUACGGAAAGUAUUUAAGAAGCUUGUGGAGUAAUAUGAAUAAAGUAAUAUAAGAUCUGCAGGAAGUCCCUCAAGAUAACUGGAAAAGAAGAAUUUCUAGACUCUUCAAGAUCUUCAUUUAUCCAGUUAAAUCCAAGGCUCCUGUGGUAAAAUCAUGAAUAAAAGUACAUCUGCUGUGGUAUCAUCCAGUCUACUUGAAAAGGAUCCUGCCUUUCAGGUGAUUACAGUUACCAAGGAAACAGGCCUUGGUCUGAAGAUCCUAGGAGGAAUUAACCGGAAUGAAGGUCCCUUGGUAUAUAUUCAGGAAAUCAUUCCUGGAGGAGACUGUUACAAGGAUGGACGUUUGAAGCCAGGAGAUCAACUUGUCUCAAUAAACAAGGAAUCUCUGAUUGGUGUAUCCUUUGAAGAAGCGAAAAGCAUAAUUACCAGAGCCAAGUUGAGGUCAGAAUCUGCUUGGGAGAUAGCAUUCAUAAGACAAAAAUCUGAUGGCAGUCAUCUAGAAAUUCCAUCUUGUACAUCUUUUUUACAAGCUUCUGGAGAAUAUGGACCUCAAGUCUCGACAUUUAGCCUUCUUCCUUCUCCCCCUGAAAUACUAAUUCCAAAGACCUCAUCCACUCCCGAAACCACAGAUACCAUUUUAUCUUCUUUUAGGAUCAAUCAGAUAAAAACUGGAUACAAGAAAACAGAACAGACUCCAAUCACUUCUUUGGAAAAUAGCCCUACGGAUAUGUCUAAUACUGAUAUUGCCCCUGCAUGGACUGAUAAUUAUGGACCACAAGGAAAGAAGAUUUCCCUAAAUCCCUCUGUUCGCCUUAAGGCAGAGAAACUGGAAAUGGCUUUAGAUUAUCUUGGAAUUCAGCCCACAAAGGAACAACAUCAAGCCCUGAGGCAGCAAGUGCAAGUAGACCCAAAGGGGACAGUGUCUUUUGGAGAUUUUGUCCAGGUUGCCAGAAACUUGUUUUGCUUGCAGCUGGAUGAAGUGAAUGUCAGUGCACGUGAUAUUUCCAGCAUAUUAGAUUCACAGCUUCUUCCCUGUGAUUCCUUAGAGGCAGAUGAAAUAGAAAGGCUUAAGCGUGAAAGAAAUGAUGCCUUGGAGGAAGUGAAUACACUCAAGGAAAAGUUAUUUGAAUCAGAAAGACAAAAGAAACAGUUGACGGAAGAACUCCAGAAUGUGAAACAAGAAGCCAAAGCUGUGGUUGAAGAAACCAGAGCCCUGCGAAGUCGAAUCCACCUGGCUGAGGCUGCACAGCGCCAGGCACAUGGAAUGGAAAUGGACUAUGAAGAAGUGAUCCAUCUGUUAGAGGCCGAGAUCACAGAUCUAAAGGCUCAGCUUGCUGAUUAUUCCGACCAAAAUAAAGAAGGUUUUCAAGAGUUAAGAAAGAGAAUUACAGUACUCGACUGCCAAUUGCGAAAAUCGGAAAUGGCUCGAAAAACUUUGGAGGCAUCCACUGAAAAGCUUCUUCAUUUUGUAGAGACUAUUCAAGAAUUAUUUUCUGAUAAUUCUUCUCCUUUAUCAAAUUUAAGUGAAAGAAGAGCUAUGUUAGCUUCUCAGACUUCCCUUACACCACUGGGAAGGAAUGGACGUAAUAUCCCAGCAACGCUGGCUCUUGAAUCUAAGGAACUUGUUAAAUCUGUUCGGGCCAUACUUGACAUGGAUUAUCUACCUUAUGGGUGGGAGGAAGCUUACACAGCAGAUGGAAUCAAGUACUUCAUCAAUCAUGUAACACAGACGACGUCCUGGAUCCAUCCUGUGAUGAGUGCACUGAACCUGUCCUGCUCAGAGGAGAAUGAAGAGGAUUGUUCCAGAGAACUUCCCGAUCAGAAGAGCUGAUGGUCUUCUGUAGGAAGCUGAGCUCCAUGGUCUUGUAACAUCCCAUUCUACAUGGAUGACUCCCAACACGCAAUGGUCUAAAAUAGGAGCAAAACACACACUACUUAUUGAAGUUCUGAAAUAGAGACUCUAGAGUUAGGCUACUUUUGUAAAACUUUUUUUUUUUUUUUGCUUGUGAUGAGCAUUUUGUUUGUUUGUUUUAUUGAAGUGUAAUUAACAUAUAGUGUUAUAUUCAUUUCAGGUGUACAACAUAGUGAUUCAACAAUUCUGUACACUACUCCGUGCUCAUCACAAUGAGGGUACACUUAAUUCCCUUUAUCUAUUUCGUCCAUCCCCCCACCCAGCUCCCCUCUGGCAACCACC